AUGAGGCUCACGUCUGUUAUUUCUUCUUCAGUUGCAUCUGAUGGUCCAGAUGUAGUGCCAUUGUCAGUGAUGGAGGGAGAUUCUGUCACUCUAUACACUGGACUUAUUAAAUCCCAACAAGAAAGAAUGAAAUGGUAUUUUCAUGUCGAUCGUAUAGCAGAAAUCACUGGAGAUCAGAGUAAGAUCUGUACAGAUGAUCAGUGUGAUGAGAGAUUCAGAGACAGACUGAAGCUGGAUCAUCAGACUGGAUCUCUGACCAUCACAGACACCAGAAUCACAGACUCUGGACUUUAUAAACUACUAAUCAAUAGCCAUAACAGUGAAAUAAUCUUUGGUGUUUCUGUCAGUGCCAUUUCUGCUGCUCAGCUAGACCAAAUGAAGAAAAAGGAGGGAGAAUCUGUCAGUUUAGAUCCUGGUGUAAUAAAACACCCAAAUGAUGUUCUAAUGUGGUAUUUUAAUGACUCUCUCAUCGCUGAAAUCACUGGAGAUCAGAGUAAGAUCUGUACAGAUGUUCAGUGUGAUGAGAGAUUCAGAGACAGACUGAAGCUGGAUCAUCAGACUGGAUUUCUGACCAUCACGAACACCAGAAUCACAGACUCUGGAGCUUAUGAACUGAAGAUCAACAGCAGCAGAUUCAACAUCAGUAGGAGUUUCAGUGUUACUGUCACUGAUUGA